GCUGAGCAUGGUUGGUUGAACAAAAUGGCAACGUAUGACGAGCCAGUUGACAGCUAUUUCUAUUCAUCUUACAACCCUUACAUGAGCAGAUACCCCCGGACAAAAGACGCCGGGUGGAAGUAUAAAAGUUACCUCUCCCACUAUGGGGACUCUUCAGACGCCUUUAACAACCACCAGCGCGCACAGCUCAAAUCCAUCCUAUCACAGAUCAACCCCAAACUCACCCCGAGGCUCCGGAAGGCCAACACUAAAGAUGUGGCGGUGCAGGUGAACCCCAAGAGAGACGCACAGGUGCAGUGCUCCAUCGGCCCGAGGACCCUCCUCGCCAUGAAGCGGGACUUCCGGCGCAGUAGGCGGCCGGAGGAGCCCGCGACGCCCGGGAGCCCGAAGACAGCGGCCGGUGUGCGGUACCCUCGAACCCUGGCUGUGUAUUCCCCCAUCGCGUUCAGAAGCUUCACCUCCUUCCUGGUUGAUGAAAACAACAACAACAACAACAACAACAACAAAGAGGCUUCGUGUGGCGGUGUGGAGGAGCCGCCCGGUGAGCCGCCUCAGCAAACCGGGAGGAAGAGCGAAGACAACCGGGCAGAUGAGGAAGGGAAGCCCGGAAAGCUCUCCGACCAGCUCAAGAAGACCAAACAACAGAUGGAGAGGGAGCACCUGCAGCCAACUACAACUACAGAGGGGUCAAAGGUCAAUGCGCGCGUCCGCUUUCAGUUUCUGGAACAGAAGUAUGGAUAUUAUCACUGCGGCGCAUGCAAUCUGCGUUGGGAGAGUGCUUAUGUGUGGUGUGUUCAGGGCACUAACAAGGUCUACUUCAAACAGUACUGUAGAAAAUGCCAAAAAGAAUUCAACCCAUAUCGUGUUGAGGACAUCACAUGUCACACUUGCAACAAAGCACGCUGUUCCUGUGCACUAACACAACGCCACGUCGACCCCAAACGGCCCCACAGACAGGACUUGUGCGGCAGAUGCAAAGGCAAACGUCUCUCUUGUGAUAGCACAUUCAGCUUCAAAUACAUCAUCUAGGAGACGUCUCGGCUCAUCUCGAACCUGUUGCACAUCAGUCCAGGUCCUGGACGGGGCAUCUCAAACCCUGUGCCCCAAUAUUUACAGAUAGACCAAAAAUGGCAUUGUGGAUGCUAAAUAGAUAUUUGAUGUUCAAAACUUUAUUUCAUGCCUGUUUUGUGUUGACGAAAUUAUUGGUAAGCACCACACACCGAACAAUGUAAUAAAUGGCUAUUGUGCACUCUACUGAAGUGCUUUAUUCAC